AUGGCUCCUGUCAGGCGGGCUCCGUAUAAGGACUUUUUGCAGGCAUCACUGCAGCGACGCUUCUCUUCUACUACCACCAUCCUUCUGGUCAUCGCAUAUGUCGAGUCCCUUCUUUUCGCCGUCUGCAGGUCUCCUAGGGCGAUCUUCUCCAGCUGGUGGUCUUUCUUUUGGUUAAUUUUCCCAAUUGGCCCGACCGGCAUACGAGCAUUCUUCAUCUUCCUCUGCGGCCUUACCGUGGUCAUCCUGAGAAUCGCCCAAUACCAUGUGGGCAUACGAACCUCGAAUUCCGGCUAUCAGACGUUCUUGAAAUAUGCUGCCACCUCGCAGACACUGGAGGCCAUCGUGUCGUACACGGUGUCGUCUCUGCUGUUUAGCCAGGUUUACUUGUGGACUUCGACGGCAAACGACCUCAGUUGGGUCGUGAUCCAGUCGGGUGACAGGGCACGGCUGAACGAGAAGCCCAUCUUUUACACCGUCCACUGCCUGCUGUUUGGCCUGCUACAGGGCAUACUGCACAUCUAUCGCGACGAUGACAGGCUUCUCCUGCGACCCGUCAAGCUCAAGGAGGAACAGCCAGCAGCAACAAAUGACAAGGUCGCCUGGCAGACACGUCUCAGCAACGACGUGCCUGCUCUUGCGAGUCUGGCCGCCAUGCAAUCGGUAGCGGCCCUUGUCUUUAGCGGUAUUCUAUACCACGCGGCUAAGCUUCCAGACUUCAUGUCAGGCAUGACGCUCCGCGCUUUGGCAUGGCGCACUGCCCUCGCGUUCUUCCGGACGUUUUACACUUUGCCCAAGACCAACAUGGUCCCUGCCACCCUGGCUAGUGUAAACGCUUGGAUGUGGUUGCGCUGCUUCUCCACUGGCUUCAUGCUGCUGUUCAUGUGGCUCGCCGGCAUCAAGAUGUUCUCGAUGUUCCUGGUCCGGCCGCCAUUGAAGCUAGGGAAUCCCUUGACUUCCGAGUCUAAAGAUCCCAACGGAAGUUUAUUGAACGGCCUGAAGAGCAAGAAGCUGCAUAUCAAGUCUUUUGCUAUGUGGGAGCUCGCCCUGAUCGCUAGGGAUUUUGGGCCUCGACGAAAGGCUAUCUACCAAGACAUCGACAGGAAGGAUGGACCAGCGUGGUCCCAGGUCUAUGCGCUGUGCCACAACAUCGUCAAGGAGAUGGAGGCCAGAAUUGAUGACUGUGGCAAGGCGCCGACACCCCCUUCAAAGGAACUUGUGCCAGCUGCAAAUGGCCCCAAUGCUGCGACAGAACGGUCUUUGCAGGUCAGCAAUGACCCUAUCCUCCUGUCUACGCCGACCAAGAAGAGCAAAAUCGAAAACAUCAUCGGAAAAGUCGCGGUACGGUCGCCUGGCCAAGAGCCACGGCUAAGUCCUAUUGUGCAGAAGGGGUACUUCCAGGCCAAGGGAGUGGUACAGGAGGUGGCAAGGCAGGCGACCAGCUCGGACGAUCUGCACAGCCCGAUACAGAAAUGGACAAGACAGUUUCUGAAGUCGCCAUUCGGCAAGCCUUUUAGGAAUACGCUUGACCAGAGACUCACUGUCGCUGUGCUGGGUGCGCCGUACGCGGAGCCAAGCCUCUUUAUCAAUGCCAUAUCUGCAGUGACCAAGCUGGCGCUGCACAGCCUGGCGGAGGACAACUAUGGAAAUGUGCAGCGCGAUGUUUCGACCAUCAUCCGGAGCUUCACAGCGCUGACGGUGAAGCUAGAGAAGUUCAGGGACGAUUUCCCCGCGCACUGGACAGAGCUUGACGCUUCUAGGGAGAGCCCGGUGGUAGAUGCGGUCUUGGAGACGCUGAAGGAGGCUCUGCGGCAGCUUAUCGAAAGUUUUGGCCCGUACGCACGGGAUAUCAGGUUGACCUUUGCGGAUAUGCGACAGGCGCGGGAUGCAGCUGGAAUUCCUCACAGGGCCAGGGAGACGGCUGCGAUCGAGGCUGCACGGCCACCAGAAAGGCGACAGGUGCGAUGAUGAAAAGGUUGGCUGGCAGUC